AUCUCUUCUCUCUCGCUUCAAACCCUUGUCGCCAAUUCACUCAGUUAUCUGGAUUCUCCGUUUCUUCGUAAUCGUUAUGAAUUCUGAUUCAGAAUCUCAAUUGGAGAAUAUGUGAGUUUCAAAAUGUUGUUCAAGAAUUUUUCUGGGUUUUCUCUUUAGCGAGAGAGAGAGAGAGAGAGAGAGAGAGAGAGAGAGAGAGAGAGAGAUGUGGGAUUUGAGAAGGCCUCACUUUAUUACGGGUUUCGACCCUUCUCUAUGCUCUGAAAGACUGAAUAUUCCAUGUAGCUUCAUAAAACAUAUGGAAGGAAGAGCACCGGGUCUAGCACUUUUAGUUGGUCCUAGUGGAAAUAAUUGGUAUGUUGGCUUAAUUAUAGUUGACAACGGUUUAUUCCUCAAUGAUGGAUGGGCAGACUUUGUUAGAGAUCACUUUCUUGAACAAGGUGAUUCUCUAGUUUUCAGAUACGAUGGAAAUUUGCAUUUUACGGUGCAAAUUUUUGACCGGAGCUUGUGCGAAAAGGAAGCUGCAUUUAGUGCUGAAAGCAGCCAAGAUUUAAGUAAAUACGAUAUUAGUAUAGUGAAGAAACGAGAGAGAGAAAAAUUAGCCCUAUUAGAUAGCAUCAUUGAAGGUGUCCCCAAAAAAAUGAGAUGCUCCCAAAUGCAAUCCGAGAGCAUGUGUAAAGACCACGAGAACAAUACAAGUGCAGUAAAUGUGGAAGAAUGGAUGCAACAAGCUGAUGGCAAUAGUAACUUGAGAAAUGCUGUCACUGUUGCCUUACCUCUCACGGCAGUUCCACAUGACAAUCCAGAUCCAUCUGUCAGGAAUAGAACCACCAAGCUAGAUAUGCUUUUGUCAGCAUCCGAAGCAGAAAGAAUAGCCCGAUCAUUUACCUCGUCUUUCCCCAAUUUUUUAAAAGUCAUGAAAAGAUUCAACAUAAGUGGUUCUUACACUCUGAAUGUCCCUUAUCAGUUUGCAACAGAACACCUCCCCAAAUGCAAAGUAAAGAUAGUGCUUCGAAAUUUAAAAGGAGAUAGUUGGACAGUGAAUUCCAUUCCAACCACAAAGGUCCAAACAUCACAUACUUUCUGUGGAGGGUGGUUGAGUUUUGUUCGUGAUAAUAACAUUGAUAUUGGAGAUAUCUGCAUCUUUGAGCUUGUUCGCAAGUUUGAGCUGCAUGUGAGAAUUCUUAGAGUAGGAAAGGAAGGGAUAGUUAGUCAUGAUGGUGAGGCAGCUAAAUUAACUAAUGGUUGUACAACAUCGGCUAAAAUGUCCAGACGUAAAUCAAAGAAAAUAAGUGAAAGUGUUCAUAGCAUUAAGGGAUCGGCCCUCUGCUCUCAAUCGAACAAUUGCAUUGCAGAAUCAGAAAUCCAUAAAAGAUUUGGCUCCCUUGACAAACAAGGUUCUCACACUAAAGGUUGUAUGUCAAUGAAGUCAGCACCAGAAGAAAAAAUAGCUGCUCAAUAUUUUGUUUCAAAUUAUCCCCAUUUUGUGAGAGUUAUGAAGAAGUUCAACGUCAGUGGUUCAUACACUCUGAAAAUUCCGUAUCAGUUUUCCAUGGAACACCUGCCGAACUACAAAACAGAGAUUGUUCUUCAUAAUCUAAAUGGACAAUGCUGGACUGUGAAUUCUAUCCCCACCAUAAAGGUGCAGACCUUGCACACUUUCUGUGGAGGAUGGAUGGCUUUCGUUCGCGAUAAUGACAUCCAGAUGGGAGAUAUUUGCAUCUUCGAGCUUGUUGGGAAAUGUGAAAUGCGUGUUCACAUAUGUGGAAUCGGGAAGAAAGGGUUGAACUAUCAAAAUGGAACAAGGAAUUUGCCCAUGCCAUGAAAUCCAGAUGAAAGUUGAUCUGUAACCUAACUGCUGGUGAACUUCCUGAAUGGUGAAAACAGCUCUUGUUUUGCUGCAAGCGUAAUGGAAUAACUAGUAAAAGAAAGUUGAUAAAGACAACUUCGUUUAUGGUUUAUAGAUGUCGCUAUUAACUGUAAACUUUUGCUGCAUGUAGUCAUUGCAUCUGUAAAUGAAAUUUAGUUGCCUUGAAACUCAGUCCAGGCCUUUGGUAUAUUCAUAAGUAACCUUAGGCAAGUGUUUGCUUCAAAGGCAAGGAGAAUUAAGGCAGUGUGUAUAGCUUGUAGUUAGACAUCAUCAGAGCUUUGUGCGGUUAAGAUUGGUUUCGUGUUUAUAUGUUGUCUUUUGCAACAGCUUGAUUUUGCCUUCUCGUACUGUGUAGUGGACCAAAAAGCUCAAAAGCAAAAGCACACAAUGCCACAUAUAUGGUUAAUGCCGGCUUGCCCUUGAA